ACAGAAAUACAUGUGUGAGAAAUAAAAAUGUAUUCCUCUUCCUUCCUCUGGGGAAAUGUGCGUGUAAGUGGGUGUGUCGAGUGACUUAAAACUUUAUAAUGAGUUAAAGUUUGAUCAUGGCCGUGUGGACCCGCGCGGACAAACAGGGUCAUUUGGACCUGCUGUUGAGCGACCGCUGGGUUCGCGUCUCUGCCGAACUCACCCGGGACACUCUCACGCUCACGGCAGAGAGCGAACCGAGCGGGCCCGCGGGAUAUCCGGAGCACAACUCGCAUUUAAGAAAUGGCGUUUCCAAUGGCAACGAACAGAGCCGAGAGGUUUAUCCGAACCGCGGCCACUACGACAGCCCGGGCCGAGUCAACGGGACGGACUCGGAGUCCAGCUGUCCGGGUUAUUUUGAUUCGCCGGGGCCGGAGGGGGUUCGGCGAGUUCGGAUAGUCAAACAGGAGGCCGGAGGACUGGGGAUCAGUAUAAAAGGCGGACGGGAGAACCGCAUGCCUAUCCUCAUCUCGAAGAUCUUCCCCGGUUUAGCGGCGGAUCAGAGUCGGGCUCUACGGGUCGGCGAUGCGAUCCUAUCCGUUAACGGCAACGACCUCUGCGAAGCAACGCAUGACGCGGCGGUGCAGGCGUUGAAGAAGGCCGGGAAAGAGGUGACGCUGGAGGUAAAGUAUAUCAGAGAGGUGUCACCUCUGUUUAAGAAGUCCUCCGUGAGCGGGGAUCUGUCCUGGGAUGGGCGUCUUCAGUCUCCAAAACUCAGCAGCAGCGACGAUUCGCCCAGGAGCAGCGUGAGCCGUGACAGGAAGGUCAUUCCUCUUAAAAUGAGCUACAUCAGCCGAAAUCUCACCAUGCCCGACUUGGAAAACAGGUUGUUGGAGCUUCACUCUCCAGAUGGUCAGCACACCGUAGUGUUGAGGUGUAAAGACGGAGCCAGCGCUCACUCCUGGUUCACGGCCAUUCACACAAACAUUGCCGCUCUGCUGCCACAAACGCUCGCUCAUAUCAACUCCUUUCUGAGCAACCAAAACACACACUGCUCUCUGAAACACAUCGGCUGGAUGGCGGAACAGCUUGAUGAUGGUGGUCGACAUCAGUAUAGGCGAGUUGUGAUGGCACUAACAGAGAAAGACAUCCUGCUCUUCCAGUCAAUGCCGUGGACAUAUGAGAAUUGGACCGCCCCUUUCCUUACACACCCACUACUUGCUACACGGCUGGUUCACUCUGGCAGCGUCCGCAGCUCUCCGGCUCUGGGUGGAGAUUUGGUGUUUGCCACACGCACGGGCACAGGUCGAGGUAUCGAGUCGCAUGUGUUUCGUGUGGAAACGCAUUGGGAUUUGUCCACGUGGACGCGAGCGCUGGUGCAGGGUGGACAUUCAGCUGCUGAGCUCAUUAAAGAGGUUUCCAUAGGUUGCGUGUUAAACAGGCAGGACGUGUGUCUGAUCCUGCACUAUGACAGAGGUUUCACUGUGACGCGGGACUCGGGUGAAUCCGUGCUCUUCCACUUCCCAUACGAGCGACUUAAGAUGUCUGGAGACGACGGAGUCAGGAAUCUCUACCUGGACUUUGGGACUCCAGAGGGGGAGAUGGUCUUUGAGCUUCAUUCAGGGCCAAAGCCCGUGGUCUUCGUGCUUCACUCAUUCCUCUCUGCCAAACUGGCACGUUUGGGUCUACUCACGUAAAAUCACCAGGAAAUGAUGUGGGUUUAUGUUACUGAAUUAUAGAUCAUUCCACAAAGUUCAAGCAGUGUUUAAUAGUUGUGCUUUUCGGUCUGCUGAAUAGCCAAAACACGUUGACGCCACCGUUGAGAGGCGUGCAAGCACAUUACGUUUUCCUCCGAUCAGGAACACCAUUUUGUGCCUUCUCAUCUAGAGUAUGCAAUCUUUAACUCAUAUUUUGUAGGCUUAAAGCUACAGUAGAGCUUUGCAGAAUAACCAAAAUCUAAAUAUUAUUCUUGUAUGAUCUACGUUAAGGGCUGUUUUACACAUACUGUAUGUAACACACGUGCAUAUUUUAUAUAUUGCAUGGCAAAGACUGUUAUGUCAUAAUAUGACUUAUAUGUGUAUCAUUAGUUUAUAGUCAUAACAGAGCGAUGUACCUGCUGUUUACACAGAGAGUGAAGCUUUUUAACAUUCCCUCAUAUUUCACCAAAAAUUCCCGACUCUCAGUCGAAUGAGUGUUUUUAGCAGAAUUAUUACUUAUAUAUAAAGCAUAGGAAUAUUAUAUAUCUGUUACUACACUUAAGAAGGUAAUGUCUGGACCAGGUUUAGACCUUGAAUUAGUUUACUGUAUAUUAAUAUACUGCUUGUGUUUUCAGUAUUAGAUGAGUGUUUAGUUUAUAUUAGCACAUAUUAAAUACAGAUUAUAUUCUGUUAAUGCAAAUUUACUGAACCUCAGUGUCAUAUAUAAUAGGAAUUAUAGUGUAACUAUAUAAAUAUACUUUAUCAACAAUUUAGCAUUUUAUUUAAUGCAUGCAAUGCAGUUACAAUCGUUUUGAAGAGUUUUAGCAAAGUACCUCCUGUAUCUCUCACUUUAUCACAUCAUCAUUGCAUAUUUAGUAAAGUCUUAAAUGGGGUUGUGAAUUAUCUGUCUUUACCCUUGCUGAGCUCACCUGUUUGUUUAGUCUGCUAAUCCCUCAUUGCUUACUAGACGAUGUUGUUAACUUCUUAAUAGACACCACAUUCCCCCCUUUAGUUUAGAAAAGCCGAUUGGGACACAAAUGAAAUCAUUCCCUUAUAGGUUUUAUUGUAUUGGGCACAGUAAAGGUAGUAGUUAAAAGGUUAAGAGACAAAAUUAACAGAUUGUAAGCUAUGCACGACACAGAAGCAAUAUUUCUUUGAUUCAUUAAGCAUAACUAUGCAAGAUAGCUUAGUACACUUUUAAUACACUAUGUGUGCACAAGGACACAUUUUCAAGCGCUCUUAAAUGUUUUUAUUGUAUUGUACAUACUAACAUCACAUUUAGUUGUUUUUCCUCACCUACAUGGAGGUCUCCAUGAACAUUAAAUAUGUGAUGCUUUGAAUUUUCAUGUUAUUGAUCGUUCUUUUACUCUCUUAUGCUGUGUUUUGUUUCUUUAUUACAUUUAUGUUACUUGCAUGCAUAUAUGUCUUGUUUCUAAAGGAAAACAUUUUUUUUAGGUUAAUUGCACUUGUUUCAGUGAGAAGUUUGCCUGAUAUUUGACAUGACCAAUGCUUCAGACUAUGAAUGUACUUUACAAACUUAUAGAUACAUGCCUCGUUUUAUUAUAUUGUUAGUAUUAUUUUGUUUUGUAUUGUCUUAUUUCUUUGUGUUUAUUAUCAGCUCAAUACUUACUUUUGAAGUAUGAUAGUUUAAACCAAAGUUCAUUUGUGGCAGCUUGCGAUACACAAUCAAAUGCAUAUGUUUGUAUGAUUGCUCUCACGGCCUUUAACCUGAAGCUAUGCACAGUAUGUAAAUAUCCUAAAUAAAUAAAAGCACAUGUUCAUUAAAAGC